CCGGCCGACGAGCAACACGUCUCACUGAACCACUUGAAGAAAGUGUCUCGACUUGACUGGAACUGCGCGAACACAACUAUGGCUAGAAUAUUGUUCUUAAUGUUUGUUUUGGUGAUCGUGAACGGACACAAGCAUCACCCAAAGUUUCCAAAGUUAGUUGCUUCUGAAGAAACCGAACAGCCUUAUAAGAAAGUGGCCUGCAACAGCUCCCACGACCGACUGAGGAACGAGAUCAUUGAGAAGUCCAGGUGUGGAGAACCUAAGGAAGUUUUUGUAGAGCUGAAACUGCCAGGAUCCUAUCUACAGGUGAUGCCAAGCUCUGUAUGGGUGAAGCGCUGUGUGGGACUGUGUGACUACGACGGGCCAGGCUCCCAGUGUGUGGCCAUCAGGAACUCCACUAAACCAAUACCGGUUCGGAUUUUUAAUCUGAAGACCAACAAGGAGUCUUGCUCGACCAUCGACGUAGAGGAACACGAAGCAUGCGGUUGCUGCACUCAGAACUGUCCAUCCCCGAAAGUGUUCAACCCUCGUAAGUGCACCUGCCAAUGUCCAAACCUGGAAGAGAGACGAAACUGUCUCAAAAAGCGCAAUUCGAAUAUGAGGUGGAAUCGGUCUAAAUGUUCUUGUGAGCCUAAAAGGAGAACGUUAUGGUGAAGAAAGCCAGUGAUUAUAACAAUAUUUACAUUUGUUUAAUCAGCUGUGACAGAUUGAGACGAGGAGAAAGAACGCACAAUAUGAUCCCGCGGAGACGGUACAUAGAUAUUGUGUGUGAUUUUAAGAAGAUCCCAGUAUUAUUGCUUAAGUUUGGAAUAAGUUAUUAUUGUUUCGGAGAGACAAUAGCCGCUACUCAAACAUUAACGUGACUGAUAAGUGUUGUAGAUAAAUAAGUAUUGAAGCAAUUGACAGUAUUAGUUAUAGUAAAAUUUUAAAAACAUGGGACCAAACUGGUGCUGUGACAUCGUAAUGUAAGUACUUAAUAGUAUAUAAGAGUUAACCGUAUUCAUUGUGAAUUAUUUAAAACUAUUAGUCGCUUUUUUCCUUUUUUUUGUACUUAUUUCGUUUAUUAUUUAGUAUCUCGCAGUAUUCACAAUGAUUGUUCGUCGGAUAAAUAGAUAUAAUUGGAAAUCAAUUUAGGUAUUGUAUUAGAACGCGUCAGUAUGUUAAAUACAGAAAAAUUUCAACGCAUUGUUAAUCUGAUGAAUGAAUGACGUGAAUUCAGAAAUCACAGUGUUCCGGUAUGAUCCGAAAAUUUGGUAAUAUUACACCAAAUAUGACGUAAUUCUAGGCUAUUUUAUUUACGUUAUCACAAACGCUUCUUAACGUUAAUGAAGCACACGGUGUAUGUGUAAAUUGUAUAAAAUUAGACAGUUCUGAAAUCCUUGCACUACAUAAAAUCAGCUUCAAUUUUUAGCCAAAUGAUUUGAGUUUUCUUUAGUGUUAAUUCUGCCAAUAUUUGAGGAUGCCUCGUGUAGAAGCGAAACACGUGUCGAAUUGUUUAAAAACAAAUAUUGACGGAAUUAACACUAAAGAAAACUCAAAUGAUUUGGAUAAUUACGGAUUUCGGCAAAGUAACGCCUACUUGAAUAAAUUUUAAAUUAUUAGAUCAAUUUUUAUUUCAUUAAUUGUGAAGUGUAAGGCACAUGUUACUGAAGUAUAUAACUUUAAUGAAGUAUCGAUUUAUUUAGUAUUAUUAUUAUUGAAUGACAUGCCUUAGCAGUAUUAUGUUCGGGCGUUUUGUAAACGCAAUUCCUAAAAUGUGAUAUUAAAGUUCCUUAGGAAUUAUUAUAAGGCAUUAAGUUAAUGUAGAUUUAAUAGAUAAUUAUGAAUUAUAAUCGCCUAGUCAAUUAGAAGGUUGAAUAAUUUAUUUUAAUAUUAAGGUAAUAAAUAAUUAAUGGCUCUCUUUUUAAGCAAUAUGUUUUAAAUGUUUAUAAUCUGAUGCUAUUUAGGUUGGGUGUAUUGUGUUAGUCUUAGGGACUACGCGCACUUAUUCAGCUCUUUUCAGCUUUUGUCCGUAGAACACAACAAUUUUGUAUGGAGACGUGUACGCGUCGAAUCAGCUUUCCGCGUCCAUUCUGCUUUCGCGGCAAACCAGCAUAAAAUCAGAAUAAAUGUGUUUUUAUUAUGCGAAUGCUAUAGAGAGCAUUCGGCGCUGUUCCGCCGCGUACAGCGCUGUUCGCCGUCGAAUGCGGCGGAACAGCUCUUUACAGGGAUGGUUCGCGACUCCUUGUCGACAAGUUGCGACCUGUAUUUCCUGCAUUGAUUUGACGUAAUCAUUAUGCACGCAAAGAUUGAAGAGUGCAGACGUGAUUUAAAGUUCCGUACGCGGCUGAUAGAAGCAGAGCUGUAUAAGUGUGACCAAAAUCGUUCAGCGAAACGCGAAUGGAGCUGAAUAAGUGCGCGUAGUCCCUUAGUGUGUCCUAAGUUAUAGCGUAAUGUUAAUGUUAGUGCCAAAGGCGUGAAUCUCAUUGUUAAGUCCUUCCUUUAUUACAUAAUGUAUUGUAUUUAUUGUAAGUUAAGCUAUCAGAGCUUUAAGUGAUAAAAUCACGCUAGACAUAAGUUGAAAAUUACAUUAAAUAAAUUUGUACUUUCUUUUCUUA